AUGGGAUGCAAUAUUCCAAAGAUAAGAGAAGUUUAAUAAAAUAAAGGUGAUCCUUCAUUUGAAUAAUAAUUAUAAGAGAUUGAUAAAAACGAAUUCUUUAAGAAUAGAAAGGGUUUUAAAAUAAUGUUAAAACCAAUUCUGUACUCUUUUAAUUUAGAAAAAGGAGAAACAGAUUCUUAAGACUAUAAUUAUUGA